CCUGCCUCGUCCGCGGCCCCGCUGUGUUGUCAUUAGGCGGCGGCUAGAGGACACGGUCAAGAUGGCGGCGGUAUCUGGGCUGGUGCGGAGACCCCUUCAGCAGGUCUCCGGGCUGCUGAGGAGGCGCUUUCACCGGACCGCGCCGGCGGCGCUGCAGAUGACAGUUCGUGAUGCUAUAAAUCAAGGUAUGGAUGAGGAACUGGAAAGAGAUGAGAAGGUAUUUCUGCUUGGGGAAGAAGUUGCCCAGUAUGAUGGGGCAUACAAGGUUAGCCGAGGCCUGUGGAAGAAGUACGGAGACAAGAGGAUUAUAGAUACUCCCAUAUCUGAGAUGGGCUUUGCUGGAAUUGCUGUUGGUGCAGCUAUGGCUGGGUUGCGGCCCAUUUGUGAAUUUAUGACCUUUAAUUUCUCCAUGCAAGCCAUUGACCAGGUUAUAAACUCAGCUGCUAAAACCUACUAUAUGUCAGGGGGCCUCCAGCCUGUGCCCAUAGUCUUCAGGGGGCCCAAUGGUGCCUCAGCAGGCGUAGCUGCCCAGCACUCACAGUGCUUUGCUGCGUGGUAUGGGCACUGCCCAGGCUUGAAGGUGGUCAGCCCCUGGAAUUCAGAAGAUGCGAAAGGACUCAUCAAAUCAGCCAUUCGAGAUAACAAUCCAGUGGUGGUACUAGAGAAUGAAUUGAUGUAUGGAGUUCCUUUUGAAUUUCCUGCAGAAGCUCAAUCAAAAGAUUUUCUGGUUCCUAUUGGAAAAGCCAAAGUAGAAAGGCAAGGGACACAUAUAACGGUGGUUUCCCACUCAAGACCUGUGGGCCACUGCUUAGAAGCUGCAACGGUGCUAUCUAAAGAGGGAAUUGAAUGUGAGGUGAUAAAUAUGCGUACCAUCAGACCAAUGGACAUUGACACCAUAGAAGCCAGUGUAAUGAAGACAAAUCAUCUCAUAACUGUGGAAGGAGGCUGGCCGCAAUUUGGAGUAGGAGCUGAAAUUUGUGCCAGGAUCAUGGAAGGCCCUGCAUUCAACUUCCUGGAUGCUCCUGCUGUUCGAGUCACUGGUGCUGACGUCCCUAUGCCUUAUGCAAAGAUUCUAGAAGACAAUUCUGUACCUCAGGUCAAGGACAUCAUAUUUGCAAUAAAGAAAACAUUAAAUAUCUAGUUUGGACUUGAAUAUCAAGUCACUGAAAUUAACUUAAAAUUCUUGCUGGGACUUCACUUGGAUUGCACUGCAAGACCUUACUAUUCAUAAAGUUAUCUCUAAGGCAACAACAGGGGUUUUUGUACUGGUGGGAUGUUUAAUUGUGUACGAGUGGGAAAGUCUCCACUCUGCUGCCCUAGACUCCAUGCUUUCAUUGUCUGUUACGGUUGCCCUGUUCUUUGAAUAAAUUAAUGUAAAAUUUUACCUCUUUUGCUAGAAGGACAAGGUAUGAAUGUGGCAUAGUACUGAUGAAAGUUAUAUCCAAAAAAGAUAACUUAUAUGUAUAAAUAAAGUGUACAAUCUACAUCUACUAUUUGAUUGUUUUGAUAAGGAAUAAAGGAAUUCCUGAGUA